AUGGCAGCAGGAAUAGAUCCGCUAGUGGCGCUCUGGAAAGAGUGGGGAAUCCAGGUGCUGGUGCUGCUCAGUUUAGCACUCCAGGUGAUUCUCCUCGUCACGGCGGAGAUCCGCCGUCGCAAAGACUCGGGCGUGCUGAGGGUCAUUGUGUGGUUGGCGUAUCUACUGGCCGACACAACGGCCAUAUACACUCUGGGCCAUAUGUCGGUGACCAGCAGGUCGCCGGAGCAAGAGCUGGUGGCGUUCUGGGCCACGUUUCUGCUGCUGCAUCUAGGUGGCCAGGACAACAUCACCGCCUACUCCAUCGAUGACAACCGGCUGUGGCUGCGCCACCUGCAGAGUUUCGUUGUGCAGGUCCUCGCGGCCGCCUAUGUCCUCUACGAGUCAUCCAUCUUCGCAGGUGGCCAUCGGACCAUGCUCAGCCAGGCUACCAUCUUCAUGUUCGUUGUUGGUGUUGUCAAGUACGGGGAAAGAGUAUGGGCACUCAUGUCUGCCAGCAGCAGUGCCCUGUCUGGGAAGAACUACAACAGUUCUGGAAGCUGGGAGGACAUGUACCAUGUUGCUGAGAUCCAACUCUCGUUGAUGCACGACGUCUUCUACAGCGAAGCUGAGUUGAUCCACACUUGGUACGGGCACUGCAUCCGCCUCACCUCGCUGGCAGUCACUGCCACCGCACUGCGGCUGUUCCUUGGAUUAAGUGACAAAGAUGGUUUCAGCAAAGUAGAUCUCGUUGCCACUUAUGUUUUGCUCUCUGGAGCCGUCGUCCUGGAGAUCACAUCAGUGCUGAGGGCCAUGUCCUCCACCUGGAGGUACCCGCUUUUGGACCCCAUCAGCACUUCUCCUUGUUGUCGGCUUCCCAUUAAUCGUCCAUUGUAUUAUCAUUUUGACCUUCUAAUUAAAUCUGGGGAGCUCGUCAGAGGUGCAAUACAGAAAGUAGGAAUACUUAAGAGGUACUGGUCAGACUCCAUGGGGCAACACAACUUUAUUUACAUGUGCAGCCACUGUAAGGACAGCCGAAGCAGCAAAAUUGCGAGAUGGAUGGGACGAGAGGACUGGUGGAAUACACUGGUUUACACAUCCUCGUCUGUCCCCGUCUCGCUUGAUUUCAGCGAGCUGCUGAAGGAACAACUGUGGGAAAGUGUGGGCGUCAAGAAAGAGAACCCAAAUCACAUCCAAAACUCAAGGGGCCGGGCGGCGCUGAAGAAGAGGGGAUUGUAUGAGGAGCGUGGACACUGA